AGAUCAAGGCCGAAGUACGGAAACGAUCUAAUAUCUAGCGAGAAACUCCCUCCCUCGAGAGAAGCCUGUGUGUAUAGAUUAGAUUGAAGAAAAGCAAGGGUAUAAAUACCCUCUUUGUAUAGUCUGUAUCAUCAAUUCCCCAAAUUAAACAGCAUCAAUUCCAAACCCUACUUUUUAUUUUAUUUUAUAUUUUUUAUUUGUAUCUCUCUCCCUCUCCCAUUUCCAAAUUCGGUCGCUUCUGCUUUCAGUAGCUGGUGCCAACUAUGGAUGCUACGAAUAUCAAUAGGGAAGAAUCAAGGAUACAAAUCACGGCAAAUACCAAUGUCAUGAGGAAUGGCCAGAUUAGCCCCCCAAUAUUUCCAUCUGUACCCGCAUUAAAUGGAGCUGCAUCUUAUCUUGCGGAGACUACAUCAUAUUUGACUAGUUGUUUCCCUGGUAAUACUGACACUGCAACUAGAAGUUCUGAUGGGCAGGAAGUGGGGGCAUUCAAAGAAGUAGCAGAGCCUUUGCUGUCUAACAAUGCACCCCCUGUUCACGACGAAAUAUCAAGGGGCUCCGAAAAUCGUUCCCAAACUAAUACUGCAGUUGUGCAAUCUGAUCAGACAAGUCCAAGUGGAGUUUCAAUGUUUCAAGGGCUUAUAGCACGGGUUCGGAAGACAGUUCAUGGAUCAUCAGAUGACAUUGGAUGGCUACAACGUGCUCCAGAUAUGCCUCCUAUUGAAGAUGGGACAGAGCGGUUUAAUAAUAUUCUAAACAAUAUUAGUCAUGGUGUACACGUGUUGCCAAAUUCAAUGGUUUAUCUCUUGGUUCCAGGUCUUUUUAGCAACCAUGGACCACUUUAUUUUACUGCUACAAAGGCAAGUUUCUCAAAAAUGGGCUUAACAUGUCACAUUGCAAAAAUUCAUAGCGAGGCAUCAGUUGAGAAGAAUGCGAGAGAAAUAAAAGAGUGCAUUGAAGAGGUUUAUUGGGGUUCUGAGAAGCGUGUUUUGCUUUUGGGUCAUAGUAAAGGAGGAGUCGAUGCAGCUGCCGCUUUAUCAAUGUAUUGGCCAGAAUUGAGAGACAAAGUUGCUGGUUUGGCUUUAGCACAGAGCCCGUAUGGUGGUAGCCCCAUAGCUUCAGACAUUCUCAGAGAAGGGCAGUUAGGGGACUAUUUUAAUGUCCGCAAACUGAUGGAAAUCUUGAUCUGUAAAGUAAUAAAGGGUGACCUGCAAUCACUUGAGGAUUUGACAUACGAGAAGCGGAAGGAAUUCCUGAAGAAGCACCACCUACCUAAGGAACUCCCAGUCGUCUCCUUUCAUACCGAAGCCAACAUAUCUCCAGCAGUUUUAGCAACACUUUCACGUGUUGCACAUGCUGAGCUUCCGGCUUUUGCUCCUAACUCAUCAGCAACUGUACUGCCUGUAGUGGUUCCUCUCGGAGCCACAUUGGCGGCCUGUGCGCAACUGCUACUAACCAGAUACGGUGAGAAGAGUGAUGGGCUUGUGACAUGUCGGGACGCAGAAGUUCCUGGCUCAGUUGUGGUACACCCAAAGAGGAAAUUAGACCAUGCUUGGAUGGUUUACUCUUCAAUAAAUGAUGACCCUUUGGACCCAGAUGCUUCUCAGGUGUGUGAGGCUCUUCUAACUUUGGUCAUGGAAGUUGGACUCAGGAAGAAGCAUUAUCUUAGUGUUAAAGAGGAGUGAGGAUUACGGGUUAUCCAUGUCACCAUGAUCCGACCUUUUAUUGUAACGAUCACAUGAUAGUAAGAAAUGUUAUACAAUCUGUAUUAAUUUUCUUGUAACGGAAUUACUUGUACAUGAAAUGAUAUGUUGUAAAUAGUUGAUUUUAUUUAUAUUUUUUAAAAAUUAAA